GCGUUUCGUCAUAUAAGAGAUUCGUCACAUGCUCGGCUGGUUGCUCAUGUGACUUGUUGGUAUGAACCAAUAGGGUGGCAUGGUUUGUCCUGGGCAGAGCAAAAGGAAGAGGGGGGAAAAAAAUCAUUUGCCUUUGCGAUAUUUAAUCUUGCAACGCCGAAAGUGGUCGUCAGCUACCAUAUCCUGCGCUACAUCAAGGUGACCGGUUGGCUGACUCCACCAUCACACUCGUGUUGGCCCUUGAACUCCUCUGCCACGUAACCACGCCCCUUCCUUCACAUCCAAUCCCGACAUGGAACCCAUCAAGGUCCAAUCAGAAGGCGGGCUGAAUGUGACCCUCACCAUCCGGCUGCUGAUGCACGGAAAGGAGGUCGGAAGCAUCAUAGGAAAGAAAGGAGAAACAGUGAAGAAAAUGCGUGAAGAUAGUGGGGCCCGUAUCAACAUCUCAGAGGGAAACUGCCCUGAGCGGAUAGUCACCAUCACUGGGCCAACAGAUGCGAUAUUUAAGGCCUUUGCCAUGAUCGCCUACAAGUUUGAGGAGGACAUAAUCAACUCCAUGAGUAACAGUCCGGCCACCAGUAAACCCCCUGUAACACUCAGGCUUGUCGUCCCGGCCAGCCAGUGCGGAUCCCUCAUCGGCAAAGGAGGCUCCAAAAUCAAAGAAAUGCGAGAGUCCACAGGAGCCCAGGUCCAGGUUGCAGGGGAUAUGUUACCGAACUCAACCGAGAGAGCGGUGACCAUCUCGGGGGCCCCUGAAGCCAUCAUCCAGUGUGUCAAACAGAUAUGUGUGGUGAUGCUCGAGUCCCCACCGAAAGGUGCCACCAUCCCCUACCGCCCCAAGCCUGCCUCCACCCCUGUCAUUUUUUCAGGUGGCCAGGUAAGAGCAGACCCACUGGGGGCGUCCACAGCCAACCUCAGCCUCUUACUGCAGCACCAGCCACUGCCUGCUUAUACCAUUCAAGGACAGUACGCCAUCCCACAUCCAGAUCAGUUGAGCAAGCUCCACCAGUUGGCUAUGCAGCAAACCCCCUUUACCCCCCUCGGACAGACCACCCCUGCCUUCCCCGCAGGUCUGGAUGCCAGUAACCAGGCCAGUACUCAUGAACUCACCAUUCCCAAUGAUCUAAUAGGCUGCAUAAUCGGACGCCAGGGAACCAAAAUCAACGAGAUCCGUCAGAUGUCUGGGGCGCAGAUCAAAAUUGCUAAUGCCAUGGAAGGGUCAUCGGAGCGCCAGAUCACCAUCACAGGGACACCCGCCAACAUCAGCCUGGCCCAGUACCUCAUCAAUGCAAGGUUCAGAGACGUGGCGGCCAUGUGGAAUGACCCAUCUUCCAUGACCACAUCCUGAGCUCCCUGUCUGGCUUCUCCGUUUGGCCCUUUCCAGUAACCGACUACCGCAGACAACCCUGAUGAAGCCCUUCGGACUCUGGCUCUGGCUCUCUGAAAACUCUGACCAACCAGCCGCCCUGGUCAAAAAGCCAUGAAUACAUCAGGGAGGGCUGGGCGCUCAUUUGUUUCUGAGAACCAUCUGAAAUUAAAAAGUAAUCUAAAAAAUAACUUCUCUGUUGAUUAGGUUUUUAGAGAACUGUUGAAGCAUGUUGAAUGUUUAUUAGCAACAACUUGUGUUUUUCUUUCUUUCUUUCUUUCUUUCUUAAUUUCUUUCUUUCUUUCUUUCUUCUACUGCCUCUUUCUAUUGCUUUCUCUUUCUCUCUGUCAGUGCUGCGUCAUAGAACAUCAUUUAAAAAAGAAAUAGUAAAAGACUGAAUCUUUGUAGAACGUAGUUAUUUGCUUAUUACAGCUGCUCAGUGAUGCUAUCGGCAGAGUGUGUGGUGGGAUGUAGCCAAAAUUAUCAAAUUUUGAUAAUAUAUUUUAAAAAGCGAUAUCAAAAAAAAAAUUGGACUGUUCUACUUUUGUCCUAAUUUGCAUCUGUGUCUACCCAUAACUCUUUGCUGCAUCACAUGGCCCUAUUAAGCCAAUGGUAUCACUCCUAGAGCCUCCCUUCUCAUGUUAAUUUCCUAUAUUUACAUUAUUGCUUAUAUUGCAUGUGUUCAGUGUUGUAUCGUUGUGUAUUUGAGUAAACCUGUUCAGUGUAUCUGUGUUCCUACAAAUGUUAUAAUUAUAUCUUUGUGCUCCUGUUCUUUUCCACAAACUUUUUCAAUCUUUUUGGCCAUUCACGUCUAGUCCUAUUCCCUGCCCAAGCAACAAUUUUUCCGACAUAGCCUCCCUCUAUCAACACCAAUUAUUAGUAUAUAGAUGCAUGAAUGGGAAUUAGUGAAAAAUCAGUGGAUAAAACACUGCAUCCAUGACUUAAAAUUUAAUGAUUGUUUACUAACUUUAUUAUUAUACUGUAUUUGUUUUGUACAAGGACUAUUGUGACUUAGCACAUUAGUCGACUACGCGGCGCUCAUGCAAUAGACUAUUCAACACAUUACUCUGGACUGCCUCUGAUGUGGGAGGAAUAAGUUGGACUUAAAAGCCAUGAGUUGCGUCCAAACCUUUAGGCUUCCUUACCUUAUCCGACGAGUUGUUUUUUUUUUUAGACCCGGUCGGACAUUUCUAAGAGAAUCCAAAUAGGAAAUGAGGCCUAAACGUUUGGACGAAGCCGAAAUGGUAUUUUUUGGGCCAAGGAAUGUUCAGGGGUUCAUUGGGGGGAACCCACAGGGCCUGGGCGGACGUGACCACUCAGUCUCUUUUUCACGAUUGUUCAUCUUGUCAUAUUCUUUUUUUUCUUGAUUUGACGCUUUCGGUUUGAAUGUCUUUUUAUUGUCAUGACUAUGUAUUUUUAUUUGAAAAGGACCGGUUGGAUGACAAUUCCUGCUCGACUGGUUUUGCUCCAUAGUAACACCAGUAUGUAUUUAUUUAUGGAGAUGCACAUAUGACGUUUGUUCGUUGGUCAUAAGCUAAAUAAGUUUAGCUGUGUUGCAUUUACUUUGAGAGGGAGGUGUGGAUGAUAUUGGACUCAGUAUUUCAACAAUCCCUUAUACUCAUGAGGAUGCGCUAAAUAUAUUGGACGGCUUGGUUUCAUUUCUGAGCUUCAGCUGAGCUCAGUUCAGUGUUGACGCAUACUAACAGCUGUUGAAUGUUAUUGUCAAACCAUUAUCUACUGUCCAACACAGAAACUUUCUGUCUCAACUUCCUCCUCAUUCAGUCAUUUUAUUUAUUUUUUUUUUAGCAGCCUACGCUGAGCUAAAUGUCGGGUCUUAAGCGCUUUGAUGACACAAAUGUGAUUCUGUAAAUGGACCAAAUGCUGUAUCGACAUACUGAACAAUGCAUCGUCAAUGAUUAUUCUGCAAUAAUUUUUACAGUUUUGAUGUGAAAUUGAAGUAGUAGUACUAGCAUCGGGAAUUAUGGCUUUGUGUUUCUUUUCAUUUGAGUCUUAGCUUAAUGGAAUGUUUGUCAAAUGAACAAGAUAAGUUGUGUUUUUGGCAAACUUAAUUUUUGGGAACAGUUCUUUUCAGCUCUAAGAUGUAAAAGUAACACCCAUGAGGGCGUUCUUUCUCUGGUGUCCACAUACUGUAACCGAAAAGAGCAUCCUCAAGGGUAUUAUGGCAUUUAUACAACAAUUAACAGUGCAUGUGUACCACUGAAAUGUUUGCUUCGAACUAGUACACAAAAAUGUGGAAAACAGAGCUCAUGGUUACUAGCGUGCAUUUGACAAAAUUAGAUCUUGUUGAGUUGAGACGUCAGUGAUGGCAGUGUGAUUUUCGAUAACAUCAAUAUUCAUGUGUUACUCAGUGUUUGAAAACAGUAUUUCCAUUUGUGUACAUGCCUGAGUAUAUGACUUUGAAACAAACUGCAACUAAUGCAAUAAUAGGGUGCAAUGUGCAAUUAUCUAUUGAGUUAUUUCCUUAUUAGCAUAGAAACAGAGAGCUGUGUAGCUUGUUGGAACUUUGACAUUUUAUCCACUUUUCAUUGUGGCAGCAACAGCAGGAAAAAAAAGAAUGACUAGACAUGGUUUCGUUUUCAGCUUCUGUUUGUGUGUAUUGCAGUUUUGGGAAAAAAAAGUGAUAGAACUUUGUAACUAUUUUGAAUUGAUUUAUUUGCUAUGUGCAGAUCUAUAUUAGUUGUGAGUAAUUACAUAGGUUUUAAUUUCAAAGUGUUGGUAAGUAUAAAAAGAAAUAAAGUUUCAUUUUUGCUUUCUGUGA